AAAAUAUUCCUGCUCAGAGCAAUGGUUAGUUCACGCAGGAGAUACAAAAGGAAUUAGAGGGGACGUUGUUGGAAACAGGCCCUUCAGCCCGUCUGAGCUAGUCCCAUUCGCCCAUGUUUGGCUGCAGAACUUUCUCUCACUGGACUGUACCUGUCCAGAAGUCGAGGCUUGUUGGCCAGAACUCUGGGAACGCACAGACCACACUGAUCAAACCUUGCCCAAGACUCCUGCAUCUUCCCCCAGCAGCAGCAAGCGAGAGGGAGAGAAAGACCAGUCAAACACAGACAGAUGGUGCUGAGAACCCACCCGCCUCCACUCUCAUCCUCUUUGAUUCCAGUCUUGCUUGACGCUUUAAUUGGCGAGAUUGGCGAGAAAUGGAGUCGAGUGUGGCCUCCAGGCCGCAGACUCUGUUCCAAACCUCAACAAACUUCCUCAGAGACAGCAAAGCACCAAAUUGCUCAAUCGGCCCAAAAACACACCAUCAAGAUGUUACUCACAUUCAUUGUGUGUAGCACAAGAUUUCCCAAAUUUGCAGAAUCUUGUGAAUCUGUCUUUAUUGACAUAGCAAUCCUUCAGGAGAGGGAGCCUCAGAGAAUCCAAGAGAAUCUCACUCUCCUGACAUGAUCUUUUAUACUUCGUCAACACAGAGAUACUUCCUUAGGAGUUUGCGGAGACUUACCAUGACAUCGAAAACAUUGACAGACUUCUUUAGAUGUGUACUGGAGGGUGUAUCGAUUGGCUGCAUCAGAGCAGGUACCGAUGCCCUUGAACAGAAAAUCCAGCAGAAGGUGAUGAAUACGGCCUAGUCCAUCAUGGAACCUCCAUGGUGUCCCAGUAAAAGUGGUGUCUCUUGGUCUGCAUUUACUGAGAUCAGCAACAGUAGAUCAGGUCUCCAUACCGACAGUCUGUGUUCCCGUAAACAAGUUGAGAGUUUACGUCCUAUCUGGCUGACGCAGUUCUAGUUGCCGUGACAACAGAUGGCGUUCGAAUCUGUUCUAUCACCAGAAGAUCCUGAUGCUCCUGAGCAGUAACAUCAUGGUGUUGUGCGGUGUUGUACCUGGCGAAGUGCUGUAAGCCAAAGGCUUGUCCUGAUGUCGUGGUUAAUGAUAGGAGUAGUCCUGACACUUCUACUGAAGGUCCCCAUGUUCCUUUCCAACACCCACUCGGAGGACGUGGCCCUCCAGCGCUGGCUGCGACGUCUGGAGACAGCAGCUCAGAGAAAGAACCUUCUGUCCCUCUUGGGUACGAACGCCACUCGUAAGGUUCCUCAGGCAAUUAUCAUCGGAGUUCGGAAAGGGGGAACAAGAGCUCUCUUGGAGAUGGUAAACCUUCAUCCUGACGUUGUGGUGGCCAAGGCAGAGGUCCACUUCUUUGACUGGGAUGAGAACUACCAGAAGGGCCUCGAGUGGUACCGCGAGCAGAUGCCGGAGUCUCUGCCCCACCAGCUUACCCUGGAGAAGACCCCCGGUUACUUCACCGCGUGGAAGGCCGCCGAGAGAAUCUACAACAUGAGCAACUCCACCAGGCUGCUUCUCAUCGUUCGAGACCCGGCAGAGCGCGUAAUCUCAGACUACACGCAGGUGUUGUACAACAGAAGGGAGCGUCAGAAGCGAUGUCAGCCUGUUGAAGAACUUCUGGUGCAGAAUGGGAAGUUAAACACCAGGUACAAGGCCAUCCAGCGCAGUGUGUAUGACGUCCACAUGGCAAUCUGGCUGAGACUGUUCCCGCGGCAGCAGAUCCAUCUGGUGGACGGAGACGCUUUGAUCGAGAAUCCACUGUCCGAGCUGCAGGAGGUGGAGAAGUUCCUCCAACUUCCUCGCCGAAUCAAAGCCUCCAACUUCUAUUUCAACCAGACAAAAGGUUUCUACUGCAUGCGCGCCGCAGGGCAUGACAGGUGCCUGGACCAGUCCAAAGGACGGCCCCAUCCUUCAGUGAAUCGAACUGUCCUGCAGCAGCUCUGCAAUUAUUUCAAGGAACACAAUGAGAAUUUCUUCAGAAUGGUAGGGAGGACAUUUAACUGGUGCUGAAGAAUCCCGAGGGAACUCACUUCAAAUCCAGUGAUGGUACCACUGCACUCAGUUAUUAGACUUACUAACUUUGCGUGACAACAUGGAGACCCUGGAAGACCAUAACGUUCCAUCACAGAGCAUCUUCUUUCAACAGUUUUGGACUCCUUGUCUAAGAAAAAAUGUGCUGGCUUUGGAGAUGGUCCAGAGGAGGUUCACAGGAGUGACUCUGGGAAUGAAAGGGUUAACAUAUGAGCAUCAGUUGGUGUCUCUGGGACUGUACUCGCAAGAAUGGGGAUGCUGGGGGAGGAGGAGGGGCACGGCAGGAAUCUCAUUGAAAUAAAACCUAGGUAAAGUGGACGUGGAGGGGAUGUUUCCUACAAUAGUUGGGUCUAGGACUGGGGGCACGGUCUCAGAAUAGGGCUUCCCUUUAGAACAGAGAUAAUGACAAAUUUCUUCAGCCAGGGGUUAGUGACUCUGUGGAUUUCAUCGCCGCAGAUGGCUGUGGAGGCCAAGUCACUGGGCAUACUUAAAGCGGUGGUUGAUAAUUUCUUGAUUAGUAAAGGUGUCACAGGUUACAGGAAGAAGGCAGGAGAAUGGGAUUUUUUGCUUACUGUCCAUUACAGCGCUGGUCCUCCAUCUCUGUAUAGAAGGAUUCUUCUUUGCUGUUUCUGUAACAAUUGUUUUUUGACACGUCAGGGUUGUUAGUCCUAAGCUGAGCCCCCCAAACCUGGAGGACCAGUGGACCAUUCUUUGCCUGGCCUCUACCCUUUGACCUGUUUGGCAUGGAUGACCCUAUCAAGAGCCAAAGCACAAGGCCCUGACUCCAGCCAACAUUGCCCUGUGUGUCAUUGAGGCAGACAAGCCUCCAAAGCCUAAGACAAGGUUGUGGUCCUCUUGGAGGAGGAUGAUGGGUUGAAAGGGAGAAAUCAGCCAUGGUGGGAUGGUAGAGCUGACUUGAUGGGCCAGAUGGCCUAAUUCUGCUCCUAUGUUUUAUGGACUUAUGGUCUUACAUCAGAGCCUGGAAGGGAUAUUGUGCACUAUUGAUUACAGACUUCUAUCAGGGAUACCCUGCGUCUUAUCUUUACACAUUUUCUAUGAAAACUAGCAAAUUUUGUAGAUUAUAAGUAGCAAAACACUUCUAAUAAGCGGGGGAGGGGGAGAGAAACUGUUCCAUUAACUUAGUAAACUGUAAUGAUCUAAUCAUCUUGAAUAUUUUAGUUGUUAAUUUGAUUGCGAUGUUGUGGCUGUUCACAUUGUAAUUAUAUUGGGACAUCACUUGAGUUACUCUGUCUGUCAGUCUGAGUAACUGUACAGCUCAAUAAAAGCCGUACCUGUGUUAUCAUGAAGACUGUGAACACAUUAAAAAAUUUCAGCGUAAAUUUAUUAUCAAAGUAUGGAUUCUUCUUCUUGGACCUUAGCACCAGUGGAGUAUAGGCCACUGGUGACCUCUCAUCUCCAUCGUCCAAAGUUGAUGGUAGGGUUGGAGUUCUUCAAAGUCUCUGUGAUCCAUUGUGUCCACUGUGCAGGGGUUUGGCCUGUACAGCUUCACCAGAGCCCUGUUGGUCAGCCUUACCUGUUCCCACCUCUUAUGACAAGGGCGUACACUCGGACUUUGAGAGGCAUCGAAGUACACAUAUGUCACCACAUACAGCCCUGAGAUUCAUUUUCUUGCAGGCAUUUUCAGGAAGAUAA